AUGCAGCUCAUCAACGCUCUGGCCGUCGGCCUGAUGGCCACCGCCGCCUCUGCUUCGUCCAUCCCGCGUGGCAAGCACCACAGACAGAUGUUUCGUCGCAGCAACGAUUCGGCCGAGGAGUUCACCACUCUGACCGUGUUGACCACCGACAUCGUCACCAUCACAUCGUGCGCUGCCUCCAUCACUAACUGCCCGGCUGCCACCGAGACCGACGCUCUGGCAGCUUUGUCGACCGAGGCCAUUGUCACCGUCCUGGUGACAAACACGAUCGCCCUGACCACCACCAUCUGCCCUGUGACUGCUGCCGAGUCCAUCAAGUCCAGCGUGAUCAGCCUGGCCAGCACCGGUUUGAUAACCGGCACCACUCUUUCGACUUCUGACCUGACCUUCCCCAACACCACGACUACGGCCGUUGGCAGCGAUCUGACGACGCUGACCGUGCUCACCACCAGCGUCGUCACCAUCACCUCGUGCGCUGCGUCCAUCACCAACUGCCCGGCCGCGUCCGAGACGGCUGCGCUGGCAUCGCUGCCAGUUGAGGCUCUCACCACCGUCCUGGUCACAAACACGAUCGCGCUGACGACGACUGUCUGCCCCGUCACCGCCGCCGAGUCCAUCUCGUCUAGCGUGAUUAGCCUGGCCAGCACUGGCCUCAUCACUGGCAGCACUCUCUCGACUGGCCUCGUUGCCGCUGUUACUGGGGGUGCUAGCAGCAGUGCCACUGCCACCGCCACCGCUGCUGCCGUGACCGGCCCGGCCGCCUCGACCUCGUCGACCACAACCAUCACCGCCGUCGUCACCAAGAGCAUCAUCAUGACCACGUCGGCCGUCAAGACCGUCACCGUGACCGCCAGCACCGGCUCCAAGGGCGUCGUCAAGGCCUCCAGCGUCUUCACCACCUUCGUUGCGUCCACCUUCACCUCGGACCUGACCACGAGCGAGGUCCAGACCCUGACGCUGGCGACUGCCAUUGCCAGCACUACUGCCGCAUCGGAAUCGGAGUGCACAUGCGCAGCCACGGUGACCGUCACUGCCAAGGCUGAGACCGUCUACGUCACCGUCACGGGCAAUGCCGCCGUUGUCGCUGCGGCUGUGGUUCCUACCACCACGGCCGAGGCUGCUGUCGUGGUUCCUACCACUACGGCCGAGGCUGCUGCCGCGUCCACCGACUGCUCGUCUGACGUUGUCAUCACGCUGACCCGGACGCCCACCACGGCGGCGGCUUCGGCUUCGGCCACGGCCACGGAAGACUGCCCGUCCGAGGUCAUCGUCACGGUUACGUCCACUGCGGCCAAGGCUUCCGCCACCGCGUCCAACUCGACCGUUGUGGCAGCGUCCAACUCCACAUCCAAGAAGGGAUCCAAGAAGAACGGCCGCUCGCUGCCGCUCUUCUAG